AUGAGUGUAUUCUUAUUCCCAAAAAGACUCUGCAAUGAAUUGAAUGGGCUUUUAGCUAAAUUCUGGUGGGGCAAUCAGAAUAAUGGGAAAGGGAUGCAUUGGGGCAGCUGGGAUAGAUUGGGGCAGCAGAAAAAAGAUGGAGGUAUGGGCUUCAGAAACACAGAGUGUUUUAACUUGGCUUUGCUUGCCAAGCAAGGAUGGAGAAUCCUUUCAAACCCCAAAAGCUUAGUGUCUCAGAUCUAUAAGCAGAAAUAUUUUAAAGGUUCCUCCUUCUUGGAAGCCAAACUGGGCAGCAGUCCUUCAUAUAUCUGGAGAAGCAUAUGGAAGGCCUCUGAGCUUAUUAAAGAAGGACUGAGGUGGAGAGUAGGAAAUGGGGAGAAAAUCAAGAUUUGGAAGGAUAAAUGGCUCAAUGUACCAACUAGCUUUCGAGUUCAGUCACCAGUAAUGAGAUUGCACAAGGAAGCAAGGGUGGAAGAGCUUAUUGUGAAAGAAGGGAAGAUAUGGAAUGAGAAUUUAAUCCGAGGAAUUUUUGUAGAGAGUGAGGUGGAACAAAUUCUUAGUAUACCACUAAGUAAAAUGGGGAGUGAAGAUAAGAUGGUUUGGGGUCCUUCCAACAAGGGCAUAUUUUCAGUUAGGAGUGCUUAUUUUAUGGAGAUGGAUAGGAGGAGGAGGAGUAAAGGGGAGACUUCUGCUGAGUUUUCCUCUGAUAAGAGGUGGGGCAGAUUUGGGAACUAA